AUGAAACCUCCGGUACCAAAUCAUUCCCGCUCGUCCCUUAUAUCUGCGGGGAAAAAGCCCCGGGUGCGGGCAAAUGUUCAAUCGUCGAACCCCAAAUUAGGAAUUAGUGUUUUUACUUCUAAUUUGACAGAGGCUCAACUUGAGUCAAUCAACACUUAUUACAAGAUACCGCAAGAUUUUCGUGCCUCUGUUUCUGGGUUAGGGUGGACGAUUGAUGACCCUCUGGAAGGGAUGAUCGGUAGCACUGCAGACUCCAGCUCUCCUAGUGAGGAUACGAAGGAGCCUGGCACUGAAGGGAGUUCUAAGAAACUGAAGAUGACUGACGUGGUACCUGACGUUGAAAUUUUGUCAAGUACGGAAGUGUUUUCUCCGAAGCCAUUAGCUUCUAAGAGUGUUUUUGAGGAUAGCGAAGAAAAAGGACAUCCAUCUACUGGAUUUCCCGCUAAAGAGGUGUAUGAAGGUCCUUCUGUUCCCCCUGCUAACCCUGUGAUUUCAUCAGGCGUAUCCACUAGAGGGAUUGAACCUUUUCGCCCCUGUUUCCAGCGUGAUGAAGAUGUGGCUCAGAGGGAUAGCUUUGCUUCCCUGGAGUUGGAAGAGCAUCGAGUUACCUCUCUUGCUUAUGAAGAGAAGUUAAGGGUUGCGGAGGCAAAGUUUGCGGAUCUAGAGGAAUCCUGCUCCGCUCUCCAGAAGGAAUUGGAGGAUACCGGAAAAGCUAGCCUAGAGAAGAGGGUGGCGGAGUUGGGCGACGCAUCUGCUCGAACCCAGGAGGAAAACAAGAAUCUCGUCGAGACUCGGCCAGAUUCGGGUCGCCAUGACAGGGAUGAAGGGCGAUUCGGGUCUGAAAAUAAUGGCCCGCAAAAAUCCGGUCUGAUUAGAAAUCCAACAUCUUCAUUGACAACAAAAAGGAUUUGGGAAGAUACGCCGUCAUUCAUUGACAUCGUCAAAGGUUUUGGUUGUACUUUCGCAAUGAAUGAAACGCAAUGUAAAACAAUGUUUGCAAAUUUCUCAUGUGAUGUAUCAGAAAUUUCAGUGCGGACCGCAUUAACAUCAAGUGGAGAGAUGAAAAAAGGAAGGAAGAAUUUUGUCUUGGCUGUCCAUGUUCAACUUCCAGAGGAUAUCAUUGCUGAGAUACUUGGCAGAUUACCCGUGAAGACGCUGUUGCGAUUUAAAUGUGUUUGCAAAUUUUGGAAAGAGCUUAUAUCAAACCCGAACUUCACUCUCUCUUGCACUGGACGAGAUCGGGUAAUUGUAGGCUACGUGCCUUACGCGAGCUCAUCUUUUGAUAAGCACCAGCUGUAUUUCUAUUCAAUCGAUGAUGAUCUUUCAAUGGUGAAGCUUCCUGAUCCGGUUGAUGACGUUCGUCCCUACCAUUAUCACCACCAUUCCAGGUUUGAUUUAUACGGUAGUUGUAAUGGUUUGGUACUCUUUUUGACGGACAAUGGAAUGUACUUAUGGAAUCCGAUGACCAGUUGUUGUCGUCUUGUUCACCAGCUCCACGUUUUGGCUGAUCGAGUUCGACAGAUUAGCUUAAGCAGAGUCCAUAGAAACUCUGGACUUUGCUAUGACAAAAAAGCUAACGAUUACAAAGUAGUGUUAAUGGCUAAUGAUCCUCCUCCUGUUGGAUCCGUAUAUGCUUCUGUUGUGAGCUUAAGAUCGGGAAAAACCUGGACAGAUAUUAGCUUUCCUUAUAAGGUAGCCAGACCCUCUAUUUCUUCUUACUCGGGAGUUUUGGUUGGCGGCCAUUUACAUUGGAUCGUGGAAAGGGAAAUUGGUGCAUCAAUGUUGAUCGUGUAUUUUGACGAAGAGAUAAACCAGUUUAGGGAAUUACCAAUGCCUGACGAACAUGAACCUAGUGAUGGAUCUCCUGCCUAUUAUUUUGGACUCACUCUUUUAUAUGGAUGCCUUUGCAUGUCUAAAAGUGCUUCCAUGUUUCGCAGAGGGGAUAUUUUCAUUAUGAGAGAGUACGGGGUGAAACAAUCUUGGACAAAAUUGUUCACUCUUUACGGAGUUAUCGUGCCUCUUCACACUAAAAAUCCCAAUGAAAUUAUUUUGGUUCCAGGAUCGGAAAGACAAUUAUGUAGAUACAACUUAGAAAAGAAUCACUUGAGGAGGAUUAAAUGCCCACCAGUUGAGCUGCGGCAGAAACUUGGGAACAAGUUUGAGACCGAAGCUGGCCAAGUAUCAGUCACCAACAUGUCUCCGAUUGCUGCUCCUUUCAGGUUCACAGAAAGUUUGGCAUCAGUUGAUUUCAUAUAG